AUGACUCAUCUUACGACGUAUUCGUUUUGCCUUGACGAUAACGCUCAUUCAGCCAUUUUGCGUGAUCAGCUCAAAUCAUUCCAUCCAAAUCUGCAUUCUGUCUAUCUAAACCAUAGCAAUCAAAAUAGUUGCAUCACGAUUUCAGGCACCCAGAGUGAUAUACAAGCUGCCAAAAGUGAUUUGAUCAAAUUACAGGCCAUUGAAAUUACACUCUCAAUUCACUCGCUAUAUCCUGGGCUUGCUUACCGAAACAUGGCCAGAAACAAUCUACAUGAACAAUUGAAGCUGAUUGCCAUCCAAAACAACAUUCAAAUCGUAGUAGACUAUAACCAGAUUGUCAUUCGAUUGAUUGGCCCUGUUGAUCGAGUAGAAUUGGCGCGUAUUGAUGUCUUGUUGUUUUUCGAUCAUCUCCUGGGAUUGUCUGCCAGCAGCUUAAACAUGCCUCUGUAUGCGCUGAAUACUCUUGGUAGUAGAAGACAUGCCAAUAUCUUGGCGAUCAUGGAAGAGACGGGUACACACAUUUAUCUGCCAUCUCCUUGGACCAAAUCAACUGCAACUACUACUCAGCCAUCUUUACUGUUCAAUGCUUCAGCUACCACCACCACAGCUGAAUCCGAAAGUAUCAUUCAUGUAACGGGUAACACAACUGAAGCAGUACAGAGAGCGACAAUGUUACUUGCUAAAUCACUCCCUCAAAAGAUUAAAACAAUGUGUAACUCUCAGUCUAUACUAAAUCCACGAAAAAGGGAUUGGCUCUUAUUGUAUAAAAAAGGGGAGUUGACGAAACUGAUGAGAGAUAAUGGCUCUUUUAUAGUAUUUCCUCCUUUUGGCUCCGAGGAUUCGAAUCAAAUUCAAGUGUUUGCCGAGAACAGCAUCAACAUUGAAAGGACAUUAAGAACACUCAACUAUUUGACGAGCCACAUAUUUCAAGCCGUCAUCUGUGUGAAUACAGUGCAGCCAACCGAGAUGGUUGCUCGUCUGUCUUUGGACUCUGGCGCCCAAAUCAUAUAUCGAACAGAUCUGUCUCAGCUCGAGAUGACAGGCUCUAAAGAGCAGAUCCAAUGCAUAGUUCAAAUGAUGAGAAGCUUGCCCAUAUCACAAGAACAGCACAAGUCGGUAAUGUUCUCUAUCGAAUUAGCGCUGGAUCAAAGAGAAUUCAUCAGCGGAAAGAAGAAUGGCAAGAUCAACAAGAUUAUGAAAUCAUGCGAUGCAGACAUUCGGUUCCAAACCUUCAACGAUUACAAUUUCAUUAUCACAAUCGAAAGCGAGGACUUUUUCAAGGCAAAAGACGGUUUAGACUCGCUGCAGAAUGAAUUACCCGCAGAAAUAUCCUUCUUUGUGCCUGAAAUAUGUCACCGCCGCAUCAUUGGCGUUGCAGGAAAGAACAUUCAACGAGUUAUGAAGCAAUACGGCGUCUAUGUCAAGUUUUCAAGCAACGACGAAUUAGCGACCUUUGGCGGAUACUUUGAAAACGAACACAAUGUGAUUGCCAGAACACCUGAAAAAAACCUCCACAGCCUACUCAAGCUCAAAUCUGCCGUCAUGGAGUUUAUUACGUUUCAAAAGGAUCGAGAUUAUGUAUCUCGAUCAGAAUAUGUACCCUACUUUACACAAAGAAAUUUGUUAUAUCACAAUGGAAAAUACCUGCGCGAUAAAGGAAGAUUGUACAACUCCAAGAUUACAUGGCCCGAAAGAAAUGGUACAGACCAUGUGUUGGUAACUGGUCCGCAGUCUCACAUUGAAGAAAUGCAACUAAGAAUACAAAGCUUAUUACCGCAGUACGUCGACAUUCAAGUGCCUGCUUCCGUCGUACUAGAAAACAUCCUGAAAUCGGCCGAUAUUGAAGAACUGCAGCAGAAAUUGUAUACCAAAACAAGCAUAUUUUUGGUAUUACCGGAUAGUCUCAUCAUGACAUCUAGCAUGGCAAUCGAGGAAGAGGACGAAAUAGAUGACCCUCUGUUCAGAAUCGAAGGCCGAAACAACCAUGUCGCUUAUUACGACUAUCGUGUCUUGACAUUCAAGCUAUGUUAUGAUGCCAACUCCAAGAAUCAACUGCCAAAAGCGAGACAAAUGUUUGAUACAUUUAUGAACAGUCGAUUUGUGCCUGUGGAUGAUACGCUGCAUAACAAUGCGUUGAAUGGAUCUCCUAGUCCAGAGGACAUGCGUCAUAUCAGCCCCUCCGUCAUGCAUCAUAUAGAUCAUCCAGAGUCAUAUGAACAGCAACAGCAACAACAGCAACAGCACUUUUUUGCCAACAAGAAACUGUCUUCCAAGCUAAGACAGCAAUCUGCAAUUGACUUUUUUACGCCUAUGUCUACCUCUAGUCAUGGUAGUAAACCCUCUUCCACUGUAUAUGAUCGACAAUCGCAGCAACAACAACAGCCAGAAAAGCCUGUUUCCAAUGCCAGUGACGAGUUCAAUGUAUGGGCCAGCAAACCCUCUCCUUCUGCAAGCCUUCAUAAUGAUUCAUUACGCUUUUCUCGGGCUAAUAUACCAUCUACAAAAUCAUCUCAAUUCUAUUACCCUAGACCCGAGUUAAAACCCAAUUACUCUACUAGUUCUGCUAACCUGUACAAUCAAGACUCUUAUAACCUAUUCUACCAGUAUGGACGCAACAAUCAAUCCAUGCCGCCACAACGUCAGAUACAACACCAACAACAACAAGAGUUUGUUGCGUCCAAUACGUUUGUGCCUGUAGGUUAUUCUAGACAGAGAAGCACCUCAUUGAUACCGUCUGGACAGCACUACCACAACCACACCCUGGUCCAUCAUAAUCAAAGUGGUGCUCCUUCUACAACGUCUUCCUCGUCUUCCUCGUCCAAUACAUUUGGUCCGUACCCCUCAUUUAACCUGCCUACACCUACCUCCAGGAUUGGCAUUGGUUCCACGUCUGCCAUGAACAGUAAUGAUCAUCAGCAUCAUUACAACAAUGCAAGAUUUUACCCUCUCGACAAGAAAAAUCCUUCAAGCUCUCUCAGUACACCUAUCCCUGUCACUGUGGAUGGUAGCAAUCCUACCAUCGAGAGCCUAUCCAUGCAAUCUAUUCACUCGCAUAGAUUCAACUAUUAUUAA